AUGCCUCUGUGCAGUAUUUGCCUCAACAUCAACUUCGGCACUAUACUACAGCCACGUACAGAAGGCUACCCUGAGCCCACUGGUGGAUGGCCUCGAAACUUCGAACUCUACUACUACGAUGCGAGCGAUUGGAGGGAUACUGAUUUUGAAAAGGCUCUUGUGCCUCAUCAGGACAGCCUUGACAAUCUCCAAGCUAGUGCAAGGUCCUGUGAGCUGUGCCAGUUCAUUGAGCGCUGCGUGUUAGAAACACUCGCAAAAAUCAAGGCAUCGAACGGCUUAGGCUUCCGGCAUAUUGCGGAAUCAAAUUACACGUUCUGGCUGUCAGGCAGGAAUGAAGCGGAUGGAUUUCAGAUCAUCGGCUGCCACAAUGAACCAAGACACCAGUACCGUAUCAUGGGUGGCGGUGGAGUCUGUGUCAGCAAAGAUAGCCCACUAGCAUGUGUUGUCAAGGGACGACCAGUUUCCCCAGACCCUAUGUUUUCUUCCAUCUUGGCCCACAUUCCCGGUUUGAUACAAGAUUGCAAAGAAAAACACGGACAUGUUGAACACGAGAAGGGGGAGGCCCCAACCAGGAUACUGAGAAUCGAAGACAAUGGUCAGACAAUUACGCUCGGAGAGGGAAACAUGAAUAUCGAAGGCGGAUAUGCAGCCCUUAGCCACUGUUGGGGAGACGGCCCUCAAAUCACUCUUAAUACUGGCUCCUUCACGAAGCUGACAAAAGGGAUGAAUGUAGCUGACCUCCCCAAGACAUUCCAAGAUACCGUCCGGGUUGUCAACCAGCUUGGGAUAUCAUAUCUUUGGAUUGAUAGCUUAUGCAUAUUCCAGGACGACCCGAAUGACUGGGCACGUGAGUCGGCGCGCAUGGUCAAAGUUUACGGGAAUGCAACCGUCGCAAUAGCAGCGAGCCGAGCAACGAACAGUUCUGAGGGUUUUCUGGAGAAGCGUAUUCAGCAGAACUAUAUCGCCGCUCCGUUCCGCCAUGGUCAAGUUUCUGGAGAAAUCUUGAUCUUCCCCCUUCAUGUUAGAAAUGUCGGGGAUACAUCGCGCUAUGCUCGCCUUGAAGAUGAACCCCUGACAAAUCGAGGAUGGGUACUGCAGGAGCGCUACCUGUCUCCACGUACAAUCCAUUUCGAUAGCUCCCAGGUGUGCUUCGAGUGCAAAAGGACAUUCAUUACUGAAGACGGCUGCUCAGCAAGCCCAUCGCGCCUUAAUUGGCAAUAUAAGUUACCAAGUCCCGAUUCCUGGGAGGCAGAUUGGAAGCAAGUCGUCUGUUUAUACUCUCAGCGUAAGCUGACAAUCAAAACUGACAAGCUUCCCGCAAUAGCCGGCAUUGCGGAAUACUUCUCAAACAUUGUAGCUGCCGCAUCUAUCGAUAGUUGCUACCUGGCUGGUUUAUGGCGGACCAACAUCAUCUUCGGUCUUUGCUGGCAAAUCGACGCUCGCAAGGAUUUCCAAAGACGAGAAGGCCAGUAUCGAGCGCCCACGUGGUCUUGGGCUUCAUUGGAUGCGGCGAUAUGGUUUCCCUCUGUGAAAUAUCCUCUGGCUACUUUCCAGAAUGCGCAUGUGGCCCUUGACUCACAUGAGAGUCCUUUUGGCAAAGUAACUGGCGGCUGGAUCCUGUUAAGGGCAAGAAAGUAUCACCUAUUCAGUAAAGCCGGCAACAACACGAAAUUUACAGUUUCAUUCCAUGCGGAGGGGCCAAACUUUGAUAUCUCUGUCUUCUGGGAAGAUCAGAGGGAGGUAUACGGUUUACCAACUAUCAUGGAUUUAGUAGAUGAUGGCCCAUACAAGACGCCUUUUCUAGCAAUUCCGCUGGCCUGCUGUGAAUCUGGCGUUGACUCUGAUUCAGAUGAGAUGACAAUUUUCUGUAUAGUGGCAAAAGCGGUGGAGAAUGACUUGAUCUCACAUGGUGGAGUUCCGACCUUUAAGAGAGUUGGAAGCGCAACUUUAAAUCUUACAGACAGAGACUGUUUGAAGAGUUUGGGAUUAUAUAAUUGGAUAAAUAGAUAUACUAAGAAUGUAAAGCAUAACUUAGAAGAUAUAAAACUUAUUUAA